ACUGCUCGGUAAAAAGCUUGUAUAUAAAGCCUGCUUGAUUUCUGAAUGACGCUCUUCACUGUCUCAGACUUUACCAUUCAUGUCAUGCAACAAUGCUUCAGAAUAAAUUCGGUGCGUUGGCGUAAGACCGUCUAUAUUUCUUUAAGGCUGUACAGCACCAGAAAAAUGAUCCUCAUAGGAAUUCUCUACAUCUUUUGGACUACAGGCAAAGCUAAUUCCCAUGCUUUGUCUGAAUGGCACACCUGUGUUACAGAUUACUGGCACACAAUCAGCUGCUCUGUAAAAUUAGCAGUCCCUUCCUCCAGAUAUACAAACCCAUCCUACCAGCUGGAAUUUUACUGGGUCGAUGAAAAAAUAAAUUUUACCUGCACACUUCAGAGAGUAGAUGAAGUUCACAGCUGUUCCAUUCAAACAGAUUCUUAUGAUAGUUUCAUGAGUAUCAAUUAUUUUACAGUUACACUUAAUUAUUCAAAAAAGAAAGAACAAUUAUAUCCUGUGGAAUCACCUUUUAAACCAGCUAAAAACAUUAAACCAAACGUCCCAUAUAACCUGACAUUGCAAUAUUCAAAUGGAACCUAUGUUUUCAUUUGGACAAAUGGAUAUGAAGAUCACGAAUACAAAAACAUUUUUCAAGAAGUCUUUGCGUAUAACUUCUUGUACUUUAAAGAAGGGCAUCGUGGCAGGGAGCCCCAUACUUAUUUAGAAAAGGAAAUUAGGAUUGACGAAACAAAUCUGGAUUCUGAUUCUAAGUACAUUGCUAUGGUGAGGACUGGGAUGCAAGCGAUUGGGGAAUAUAAUGGAACAUGGAGUGAAUGGAGUGUUCCCGUUGAAUGGAGGACAAAACACAGAGAUAAGGCCAGUCAGACUGAUGUUUAUCCUGGUAGGAUUGCCAAGAUUGCCCUUGGAAUAUGUCUAAUCCUGGGACUUUUAAUACUGCUUUUGUUUGCUCCUGCUGCAAGAAUGAUGAUAAAAGAAAUUGUAUGGGUGCCAACACCAGAAACAUACUUUCAGCCUCUUUACAAACAUUACCAAGGCAAUUUUCAGUUUUGGGUUUUGCCAAAAUGUCCAUUACAAGAUGUUCAUGUUAUGGAGGAGUUUGCAGAAAUUGACAAGAUCGCCGAGCCCAUAACUAAACUGCAGGAUCAGGAAGAGAAAUCAGACGUGUUUCCCUCAGCCCAAUUUCACACACCUUAUGUUGGCCCCACAACUGAGCUCUGGGCCCCAUGCCAAAUGUCCAAUACGUGCAGCGAGACGAGUAUCCCAUGUGAGGACUUUUCAUUGUUCUGUGAUGCGUUCCCCGAUAAAGUGGACAACUUCUUCCACUGUCUGGCCACAGUACGCUUGUGUGAUGAUGAAAAUUUCUCUUUGAAAGAUUCUGUACUCAGUCUCAAGAGUCUUGAGAGCCUUGAGAACUGUGAGCUGUCGGAAGUACCGGUCAUUUUUAAUCCAACGCCUGUGUGGUUCAAGCAGGAUUAUUGCACUCUCACAGAGACUCCCGCAGGUCCUGUACCCACCUUCACCAGAGAUGUGGAGCUGGAUGGAAACACAUCCAAUACUGAAAUGCAUACUAAAUAGAGGAGGACACAUAGAUAGGCUAUAUCUGUAUAUUAAACGCUGUGACUUGAUUUCUUAUAUUAUUAAGUGCAGGGUUGACUAUAGGUUCUGAACGUAUGUAAGAUAUUUUACACAAAGCUCUUGGGCUGAACUUUGUAGAGCACUUACUGACAAAACAGCAUAAGUGAUAAAUAUCUGAAAUACUGCACUGAAAAAAAAUGACUUUCUUACUUAGUUUUGUUGUCUUGUUUUCAGUAAAAAUAAAAAAAUAAAAAAAAUUCUAAAAUUUAGAUGUAUUUUCUUAAUGAGCAAAAUGAGAAGAAAAUAAGUCUAGUUUUCAGACAAAAAAAGUAAAUUAGUGCUUAAAACAAGCAAAAAAAAAAACAAGCAAAAAAAAGAAUACAUUUUCUUGAAAUAAGUUUACUUUUUUCAUAAACACUUAAUUCUUUCUUUUGCAGUAUAUAUGUAACGUGACUAUUAUGUUGAUUAAUUUACAAACAUUUGAAUUUUUAAUGUGAUUAAAACAUAAUUUAUAUUAUUAAAAGGAACAUUAUGUAAGAAAUGUAUAUAAAUUAAUCAUAAAAUGACCCUGAUAUUUCACUAGAUAUUAAGAAAUCAUUUUCAUUUCAAACACUUAUAUCACUGACAACAGUGGUCCGGCCAGGAUAUUGUCAUUUAAAAAGUGAAGUUGCAGCCCUCAACUUAUGUUUAAGUUGUCUUGUUGUGUAUUGGCCACCAGUUGUGUGAUUGCAGUACCAGUUUUAGCCACAAGUUUUGUGAUUGCAAUACCAGUUUUGGCCACAAUCCUACAUACUGUUCCUUUAAAUAGUAACUUCAGCAAUGUCAAAUACUGUGUGCACCUAAUGGUUUUUUUUUUUUUUAAAUGUAACCUGGAUCAACCAUGUAAUUUAACCAAUACCAUUAUCAAUAACCAAUAUUAUGUGAAAACCCGUCUAAAGUAAUUUUUUGUGAUUUAUUGUUUUCUUCAUAAAUUAUUAUCCUGCAGAAUGUAAAGAACAUGUUAUAAAAAUAUAACCUUGA